AUGUCAACUUCAAGCAGCAGCGGGCGGUUGGCGAACAAGAUCUGCAUCGUCACGGGCGGAACGCGUGGAUUUGGAGCAUCCAUCGUCUCGCUCUUUGUCUCUGAAGGUGCCAAAUGUCUCGUGAUGGACCUGCUAGCGACGGAUGGAGAGUACGAUCCGUACACGAUCGCCUCUCCUCAUCCACACGGAUCCGAAGGGUCGACGGCGACUGCGCCUACCACACCCAUCGGCCGCGCAUUCGCGCUGAAGAGCGAUAUCACCCAGCGCACCGACUGGCAGAGAGCCCUGGACCAGUGCAAGAACGUCUUUGGUGCACCUCCAAGCGUCGUGGUCAACAACGCCGGUUGGACGUACAGCAACAAACCCACGCUACAGGUCACCGAGGACGAAUUCGAUCGGGUGUUUGAGAUCAAUGUCAAAAGCAUCUUCCUCAGCGUCGAAGUGCUGCUCCCGGCGGUAUUGGAGGCAGGUGGGAAGGAUGCCAGUUGGGUCAACGUUAGUAGUACGGCGGCACUCCGGCCUCGGCCUGGACUGGUUUGGUAUAACGCGUCAAAGGGAGCAGUGUCGACGGCCACCAAGGCGCUCGCCGUCGAGUACGCGCCUCACAAGGUCCGAUUCAACACGGUUUGCCCAGUCGCCGGCAAUACGCCUUUGCUCUCCAAGUUCGCCGGCUCCAAAGAGGCCGGAGAUAGCAUGUCGUCGAGCCAACUGGAAAAGUUCAACGCCUCGAUCCCCAUCGGCCGCCUUAGCGAGGGGAGCGACAUCGCCAACGCCUGUCUGUUCCUCGCGGAUGAGGCGAGCUGCUUUGUUACCGGGAUUGAGGUGCCUGUCGACGGCGGGAGGUGCGUUUGA